AUGAUUUCAACAGAAUCUAAAUUUUAUACUUCGAAAAAUUCAAUUUCUGAAUCUUUACAAAUACGAACUAAUAAACAUCGUUGUUUUGUGUUUUGUAUUGGACAUACAUCAUUAACAUGUGUACCAGGUAUUGGUAAAAAAAAUAAAUAUUUAUUAAAUCAAUCUGGUAUACAUGAUUUAACAACACUUUAUUCAAAAUAUCGUUCAAUAAAUAAUAUUGAAAAUUUUAAACAAUGGUUAGAAAAUGAUAUUGGCUUUACAUCAUAUCAAGCAAAAAUGACAACAUGUGGACUUAGUACAAAAUUAGGAAAAAUUCAAGAACUUGAUAAAGGUUUAAUACCAAUUUGUUGUUCAACAAAAGAAAGACGAGAAGAAAAAUAUAAAUUAUUAUUUCAUAAUAAAAAUAUUAAUAAACGAAUUCACAAUAUGAAAUUAAUAAAUGAAAAAAAUAAAAAGUUAAAAAUUGAAAAAAACAAAUCAAAAAGUUUAUUAACAAAUUCUUCUUAUGAUCAAAUAGAAAGUCUAAAAUUAUUCAAUACAUUAACGCAAGAAGAAACUAGUUUAUUACCUCAUGAAGUUUCUUUCGGUGAAAAAUUUAAAGUUAAUAUUGAUUCAAUACAAUCAACAAAACAGAACAGUUCGUCAUUGGAUAUGAAUAAUAUACAAAAUAUAGAUUCAAACCAAACAACUACAUCACAUGAAUUUCCUAAAAUUAAUUUAUUAUUAGACAGUGAACAUUCAAAACAAUUAGAGAUAAAUCAAAUUCACAACAAGAUUGACAAAACACUAUCAACAAUAGAAUCAUCCAAUAUUUCUGAACUACAGCAAUCUAAAGACAAUCGAGAUCAACAAAUGAAAAUUAACUAUUCCAAAGAGAUUACCACUAAUUCUAUACCACAAGAAUUCGAUUCAAUUUCAUCAUCUGAAUUACCGAUAGAAAAUAAAGCUCAAUCAAAUGAAUACUCGCAAGACUAUGUUAUUAAUCAAUCUGAUUCAUCAAUGAAUAAAUCUCAACAAAAUCAAUUUCAAGAACAAAUUGAAAAAAUUGUUCGUCGUAUAAUGAAACAAGCUACACAUAUUGUCAGUGAAGUUCAUCAAUCAUCACAAGCCAAUACUAUAUUAUUUACUAAAGCUAACUCAAUAGAAUUGUCUUCUAUUCAAAUGCCAAUAUUUGAAAUGAAAAAUUCUAAUGAUAAAGCACAAUCUAUAAUCUUAUCACAAAGGCAAGAUGAUCAACAUCGUACUACACCAUCGAAAUAUAUUCCAUUAGCUGAACAACUUGCUCAAACAGGAUCAAAAAAGCUAACAACAACUUUAGAGUCUAAUAGUAACGAUGUUCGAUCUCUACAAUUAUUAGAACAAGAUAGUUCAGUACGAAAAAAGUACUUUUCUUUUACCAAUGAUCGAUUAAAACAAUCAUUUACAAACACAAGUUCUCUAAAUCCAAUAAAUCAAUUUAAAAAUAAAGAAAAUUCUUAUGAAAACUCGAUAUCUACACAUAUUCAACAAGGAUCUAACAACAUAUUUCCCAUUGUACAUCUUAUCGACAAGAUAACAAAUAAUCUUACCUCGCUAUCAAACACAGCCUCAUUAUCAUCAAGUUCUAUGCAAUCAAUACAUAAUAUUAAUUCAUUUAUAGAUAAAGUACAAACUAAUUCUACUGAUAAAAACUAUUUCGAAAAAGAAACAAAUUCAAUAAUUAAACAUGAUUAUGUACUUUUAAAUACUUCAACUAGCAAGAAUAAAUUUGAAUCAAUAUCUACAUCAAAUUUCAAUCAAAUAUCUGAUUUUACUACUGAAAUUUCUAUGAAUAAAAUUUCAACAGAACAUCACAAACAAACAUCACUAUUAACUACAACUCUUUUCAAUGACAAUAAAAAAUAUAAACUUAAUACUACAACAAUGAUACCAUUUUAUCAUUUAAAUCAAUUACCAAUAUCACAGAAAAUAAAAGAUAAUGAAUUCAUAAAUAAAAAUCUAUCUGAAAUAAUAAAUAAAAAUGAAAUACUGAAUCGAAUAUUUAAUCCAUCAACUCCUAAAUCAUGUUAUCCUCUUUGGAAUAAUAUAUCAAAUGAAAAACUUCUAUCUCAACAUAAAAAUAAUCAUUUGAUUUUAAUAGAAAAAGAUAAAUUUUCUAAAGAAAAUAAUCAUAAUGAUUAUAAUCAAAAUUAUCAUUCAUCAACUACAUUAUUUACAUUUAUUACAAGACAACAAUACGUAAAAGAACAACAAACACUUAAUGAACAUAUUCUCUAUGUUAAACAAACCAAACCUUUAUAUAAAUCAUCAUAG